CUCGCUCUGACCCUGGCACCCUUUGAAGACUCUAAGCAGUGCUGCAAGGACACUCAAAAAAUAAAAUAAAAUAACAUUAACACCAUAUUUGUACAUCCUUCAUAACUGAAGCCUGGAAUAGACUUGAUGUCCAGUCUGUGGAUCACUUCAUAACGUCCCCACGAGACUUCAUAACGGAGCUGGUUUAGGUUUUCUGUCUAAUCUAGGAAUUAGAAUUAAAAUCGAGUUGAGUAGAAGCAAUGGGAUCUUGUUUUGAUGCAAACUAUGUGUAAUACAAAUCUGACCACCAAUUGCACUUUAAUUCGGAGAAGAAAUCGAUGACUUGGUCCCACAGAAAGUAAAAAGAAAUGAUCGGCUCAUUGCAAAAGGUUUCUGUCACUUCUAACUCCUGAAACAACAAAACGAAUACAGGUAAUGUUCAACUUUAAUCUGAAUGCAUGCACAGUGUUACAAACUUCGGGGAAAUAAAGCUUUAAUGUCUCCUAUAGAUUAUUGUAAACUUGUCCUGUUGUGUUUAAAAGUGUAAAUGAAAUCUGAUCAUUAGUGAGUUGUUAUUACUCUGUCUCUAUAUGCAGCCGACCUGGGCGCACCUUCUUCCCUAACGCACCUGAUUCGAUUAAUGACCUCAAGACGCAUGCUUAAAUGGACUCAGGUGUGUCCGUGAAGAUAAAACAAGCUGGCACGUGCAGCACAAGCUCGCUUCUCCAGGACCUGGGAUGGGAAAUCUCAGCUUCUUCUCCGGCGUAUUCCGGUGAGAGGAGGAACACAGAGGCGAGGAGUCAGAGUUGAUCUGUGGAUCUGGAGUGAGAGAAUUAUCCCGGGGAUGAUGGAAAUAAGGUGGAGGUCUGCAUGGCUCUUGCAGCUUAUCCUCCUGGUCGUCUUGGUGAUGCUGUCAUGCCGACCAGUGUGUGGUGGUACCCGGAGUCACACAGGUCAGUACCAGGUGAAGCAGGGUACCUGUGAGGUCGUGGCGCUCCACCGUUGCUGCAACAAGAACCGGAUCGAGGAGCGCUCGCAGACCGUCAAGUGUUCCUGUUUCCCUGGACAGGUUGCUGGAACGACCCGCGCUCAGCCGUCCUGCGUGGAAGCGUCCAUCGUCCUGCAGAAAUGGUGGUGUCAGAUGCAGCCGUGUCUGGACGGGGAGGAGUGUAAGGUUCUGCCAGACCUCACAGGAUGGUCCUGCAGCACGGGCAACAAAGUCAAAACCACCAAGGUCACGCGAUAGCGAGAACACGGCGGCCCCCCUCGGCUCUGGGAGACCUAAGAAUCUUUAACAUGGAUUUCUAUUCUGGGAAAAGUAGCCGGAUUACACCCGGAUAUCAUCCAGACUGGGAAUUUAGCAAACAAUGGAUGGAUGGACUGACGGACUGACGGACUGAUGGAUGGAUAUAUCAUGUUGUAAACUUAAAGUGAUGAAAAGACAUGAUGGACAAGGUCUAUUUGUACAAAAAAUAAACCAAAAAAAAAAAAAUAAUCGAUAUAAAUAUCCAGUGGUGGAGGAUGUGGGCGGAGACUUCUCAAAUAUAAACUCUUGAACUCCUAGAGGAACGUAGCAGAGUUGCUUUUUCGAGGGACUGUAUGGAAGAUGGAACCAACCUUGGCGAGUGUGUGUGUGUGUGUGUGUGUGUGUGGUGAGUGUGUAACUGCAUAUAGCCGUGUGUUUGUGCAUCCAUAUAUGUGCAAACAUGCACUUGUGUGCAUAUAUGUCCGUGUGUGUGUGUGUGUGUGUGCGUGUGCAUGUUUGUGAGCAAGCCAAGAAAAUCUCCAAGGCCGAAAGCGGCGAGCUCAUCUCCAUGCGAGAGCACGGAGAGCACGUCAAUCACACGUCAGUCUUUUCAGACUCUUAAUUAGAGUUGCUAAAUAGGAUCAAAACAAUGUACGAUAUUAGCACUUGUUAGAAAUCAGUUUUGAGAUUCAUUUUGUUUUUGUCUAGAUAGUUCCUUAUCUUCAUGUCACACCAGGUCCUGGGGGAAGCCCAAUGCGAACGCAAGUCGCUGUCGGUUGGACGCUGAUAAAAUACAAAAGACUUCUGUGAUGGAAAAACAAAUCUUCAUGGAAUUUAUCCGGUCUCAUUUUUCUUUUUCUUUUCUUUUUUUUUUUGGGACAUUUUAACAUACUAGCAGAUGAUAUUUAUCUACGAAACAUACGAACUACACAUGUAUCCUUAAAACUCAUCCAUCUUUGUUUGGAGAUUUUAUUUAAAGCGCUUUUCAACCCAACAGCGCAUCACGUCUGCUUUUUAUCACUGAACACUGCAGUUAAAUAUCUUUAAUGUCGUGUGGUGACUAGCGAUCGGCACAAGACGCAAAAUAAUACUCAAAAUUUAUUUAAGAAGUUAAAUAACCUUGACAUAGCUUGUUUUAUGCUAACUCAUGCUACAAUGCGCCUCCAUAACAGGCUGAACCGUUUAGAUGAGACGCACCGAAUGCAUCCAAAUACGUUCAAGGAGCCAAUACUUUCGCUCAACUCAAGCGUGCGCCAAAUUUAUUAGCUGAUUUUUAAAGAAAUCCUAUAAAAACACGACGUGGCUGAAUCUGAACCAGUGUACAUGUAGUGCACUAUUUCAGUGCCCUUAUUUCAUACCCUAUGUACUGAACCGAAUGAGAAACUGAUUCAUAUUCGACUCCAUGAUGGAGAUUUGAUUCGGAUCGCAGUUUUAAAAAAGAAAAGAAGAAGCUGUUGUAAAGUUUGACGUAUCGUGAUGCUUUAAAUACGAAGAAACACAAUUUUUUGGAGACAUCCGCGAUAAAAAUCUCUGUUUGGUGGAAAAGCGCUGUAACAUGCUGCUCGACUCGAACCGAUCAGCGUCUUUAUUUCGACACUUUAAAGGAGCCAUUCUGUUAUUUCUGAAGCGACCGCCGCAAAGACGGACACGUCUUCUGUCCCCUCACCUCAUUUUUAGGAACGAAAAUUAGACUUCAGACAAGUAGCUGUUUCCGGGACGUGACACAGGAUUAUUUCCAGGUCAGAAAAAAAAAAAAUCAGAAGCCGAAGCCGGAGACUGUAACGAAUUCCAGUGCAUGAGAAGGAGGAAAAAUCAUAGUUUUUUAAUGUAUCUUUGAAAUGAUAUGAUUAUAAUAAUACUCUAUGGUCUAGAAACACUUUUAAAAUCCGUUGGGAAAGUGUUUUGAAAAAAAAAAAAUAUAACGUGUGCCCAAAUACUGCAUUAUAAUAAAAGUUCCA